AGAGAGAGAGAGAAAAGCAAAAGACGUCUGGAAAAUAUUAUCCAGCCGCUGCUCCGACUCGCUGAGGCCGCCGCCGCCGCUGCUCCUGAGAUAGAAGCUUCAUUCAGCCCGGACCAAAGAGACUUUCCUACUGAUGCAGCGCCUCUCUCCACUUUCUUGCAACUUCUGCGGGCGCCUGGAGAAUCCGCCCGGAGUGCCAUCGCCAGCAACAAGCCCACCAUUUAGCGCCGGGAAGGCAUUUCCCCCCUUCCCGGGCAGCACGGAGCUCGCCCUUUAGAGGCACCGGGAUCCCAGGCGGGGAGCGAGCCGGUCCCUCUUUGCAUGGGUACGCGGGGGUCCUCCUUUCCCUGCCCAAGCGCUGCCCAACGGGCCAGUUGACGCGUGGCUUCUCCAGCUAGGCGAAGGGGGCUUUGGCUGGAGCGGCCGAGUCCAGAGGCGCCCCGUCGGCAUCUUUAGCCCCUGGAUGAGCGAAGGGACGGAAGGACAGCAAAAUGCAUUGCGAGAGAUUUAUAUGUAUCUUGAGAAUACUUGGAACCACGCUGUUUGGGGUGUCCCUUCUGCUCGGAAUCUCAGCUGCUUACAUUGUGGGGUACCAGUUUAUCCAAACGGACAACUAUUAUUUCUCCUUUGGACUCUACGGUGCUAUCCUGGCAUCACACCUCAUCAUCCAAAGCCUGUUUGCCUUUCUUGAACACCGGAAAAUGAAACGCUCUCUCGAGACGCCAAUCAAGCUGAACAAAACAGUGGCCCUUUGCAUUGCUGCCUACCAAGAGGACCCGGACUACUUAAGGAAAUGUUUACUUUCAGUAAAAAGGCUCACCUAUCCUGGAAUUAAGGUGAUUAUGGUGAUCGACGGGAAUUCGGAAGACGAUGUUUACAUGAUGGACAUUUUUAGCGAAAUCAUGGGUAGGGAUAAAUCUGCCACUUACAUCUGGAGGAAUAACUUUCACCAGAAAGGUCCCGAGGAGACAGAAGAGUCCCACCGAGAUAGCAUGCAACAUGUCACUCAGCUGGUCCUGUCCAACAAAAGUGUUUGCAUCAUGCAAAAAUGGGGCGGAAAAAGAGAAGUAAUGUACACAGCGUUCAAAGCACUGGGGAGAAGCGUGGAUUAUGUGCAGGUGUGCGAUUCUGAUACAAUGCUUGAUCCAGCCUCAUCCGUGGAAAUGGUAAAGGUUUUGGAAGAAGAUCCAAUGGUUGGUGGUGUUGGGGGAGACGUACAGAUACUGAACAAGUACGACUCGUGGAUCUCCUUUCUCAGCAGCGUGAGAUACUGGAUGGCAUUUAAUAUUGAAAGGGCAUGCCAGUCCUACUUCGGCUGUGUACAGUGCAUCAGUGGACCUUUGGGGAUGUACAGGAACUCCUUACUCCACGAAUUUGUUGAAGACUGGUACAAUCAAGAGUUCAUGGGAUCUCAGUGUAGCUUUGGAGAUGACCGGCAUCUCACCAAUCGUGUCCUGAGCCUUGGCUAUGCAACAAAAUACACGGCUCGAUCCAAGUGCCUUACCGAAACACCAAUAGAAUAUCUCAGGUGGUUGAACCAACAGACCCGUUGGAGUAAGUCCUAUUUCCGAGAGUGGCUGUACAAUGCAAUGUGGUUCCACAAGCAUCAUUUGUGGAUGACUUACGAGGCAGUCAUCACUGGCUUCUUCCCGUUUUUUCUCAUCGCCACCGUCAUUCAGCUUUUCUAUCGAGGGAAGCUGUGGAACAUCCUCCUGUUCUUAUUGACAGUUCAGCUUGUGGGUCUUAUAAAGUCUUCUUUUGCUAGCUGCCUUAGAGGGAAUGUGGUCAUGGUGUUUAUGUCCCUUUACUCAGUGUUGUACAUGUCAAGUUUACUUCCGGCCAAGAUGUUUGCAAUAGCCACAAUAAACAAGGCAGGGUGGGGCACAUCGGGCAGAAAAACCAUUGUGGUCAACUUCAUAGGACUUAUCCCAGUGUCCAUUUGGUUUACAAUCCUCUUAGGUGGGGUUAUUUUCACAAUCUACAAGGAAUCCAAAAAGCCAUUUUCUGAAUCGAAACAGACAGUGUUAAUCAUCGGCACAAUCCUCUACGCAUGCUACUGGGUGAUGCUGUUGACUUUGUACUUAGUUCUAAUCACCAAAUGUGGCCGGAGGAAGAAAGAACAACAGUAUGAUAUGGUGCUUGAUGUAUGAUUCGACCACUGUGUCUUUUUUUUUGCUGCCCAUGGGAAGUUUUCCAGGUGACCUGACGAACCUUCUAGCAAUUGUGGCACUGAAUUAGAUCUCGUCAAAGGAAAAGGAUCACUGCUGCUGGGACUUGAACAUUAACCAUUUCAUGACCAUGCCAAAGCAAAAACAAGGGAAAAAAUUAAAAUGUGAUUGUGCCUUUUGGGGGGGGGGGGAAUUUACAUGGAUUCAACCCAUUCUUGUGGGUGGUCUCUGAUGAUGCACUUUCUUCUGUUGUGCAUACACCCAAAAGUGUUAAUGUCCUAUAUACCUCAUUGGCCAUGCUCAUGUGGAUGGACGUGGAAGAAACAGACUCGAGCAAACGAUUUGGCAACCUCUUGCAACCUAAUUUAUGAACUUCUCAUUGUUCUGUGAUUUUUUUUCUAGGAAGGUUGUAUGUGUUUGUGUGAGUCUGUGUUUGUGUGUGUGUGUGUUUAUGCAUUAGGCUGCCAAAUGUAAUUCCAAAGUCAAAUUUUUAUGAGGUUUGAUGGCUAAGUUGUAUUUUUAUAAUUGUAAUUAUUUGUCUUUGUUUACUUUUUACACCAUUUUUUAAAAAUAAAUUCUCAUAUUUUAUAUUUUAUAUUUCUGCCAAAAAGUACACACCUCCCUCCCCCGCCACUCUUACAUUUUCUUGUCUUUUCUAAAUAGGCUUGGAAGAAUUCCUCUUUUUUCGAAACAAAAACACCCCCUCAACAACCCCACAAUGUGAAA